GCCCCAGGUUAAAGUGGUCCUCACCCUCCUUCUGCCAUGUUGGAUCCUUCCUCUGCUCCCCAGGCUGCUGGACCUCCUAAAUGAAAGUUGCGUGUUUAGCCAACUCCAGGCAUUUCUACUGUACGCUGCUUUAGGUUUUCACCAGACGAAGAAUAGAAGGACUUUUCCCAAGCAGAGGGAAUCCUGGAGUGGUGGCCGCGCCUUCCUGUCGGUUCUCCUGAGCGGAGAUGGUUGCAGGCCAAAGCGGCCGCAGCCCGCAUGGAAUAUCAACCCUGAGGAGAGACGGUUGAGGCCAGUUCYCGCACAAGAGCCCCGCCGCCGGGGAAUCUAAGCGAAGUAGGAGUCAUGAACAGCCACCAUCCGCCCCGUAGAGCUGUAAACGUCGGCUCGCUGCUCCUCACCCCGCAGGAGAACGACUGUCUGUUCGGCUAUCUGGGCAGGAAAUGCGCUACCUUGUGUUCGGCUGUGGUGCAGGUGUACCGAGCCGAGCGGAGCUGCAGCUGGGUGAAGAGGUGCUGUGGAGUGGCAUGUUUGGUCAAAGACAAUCCACAGAGGUCAUACUUUAUCAGAGUGUUUGACAUCAAGGAAGGGAAGAGCAUGUUUGAGCAGGAACUCUACCACAGCUUCUCCAUCAGCUGCCCCAGGCCGUACUUCAUCACCUUCGCAGGAGACAGCUGCCAAGUGGGCCUGAACUUUGCCAGUGAAGAAGAAGCCAAGCGUUUCAGAGUGACUGUGAGCGACCUGCUCAACCGGAGGCAGCGGAAGGCAGGUCCAGCUCUGCCCAUGGCCACCGUGGACAUCAAGAAUCCAGAGAUCAACAACAUCAGAGUCCAGAACUCCCACAGCCACCAUCAGCCUUACCACCUCAACAACAUGCUGAGCCACAGUGGCCUGGUCCGCCGGGACAAGAAGAGCAAGAAGAAGAAGCUGACAAAGGCGGACAUCGGCACGCCCAGCAACUUCCAGCACAUCGGCCAUGUGGGCUGGGAUCCAAAUACAGGCUUUGAUCUAAACAACCUGGACCCAGAGCUGAAGAACCUGUUUGACAUGUGUGGGAUCUCCGAGGCUCAGUUGAAGGACAGAGAGACAUCCAAGGUCAUCUACGAUUUCAUCGAGAAGAAAGGGGGGGUGGAGGCUGUCAAGAACGAGCUCAGGAGGCAGGCUCCGCCUCCUCCUCCUUCUCGAAGUGGCGGCCCUCCUCCCCCUCCUCCUCCACCUCCACACAGCACAGCCCCACCCCCCCCAUUCAGAGGGAGCAGAGGAGCUCCCCCUCCACCUCCUCCCACCAGAGCUCCUGUUUCAGCCCCUCCUCCUCCCCCCUCAAGACCAGGAGCUCUUGGUGCCCCUCCUCCACCCCCCUCUAGGGGGGGCCAUCAGCCUCCUCCCCCUCUUCACCAUCAUCAUCAGCAGCCUCCCCCCCCUCCAGCAUCUUUCAUCGCCCCUCAAGCUCCCCCCCUUCCCUCACCCGUUCUUUCUCAACCAUCCCCUGCCAGCUCUGCACCCCCUCCACCACCACCACCACCACCACCACCACCACCUCCAGGUCCUCCACCCCCACCAGAGCUGGACAGUUUUGGCAGUAGUCGGGACUCUCUCAGCCCAGGCGGGAAGUCAGUGCUGCUGGAGCAGAUCAGGGGGGGGGCCCAGCUGAAAAAGGUGGAGCAGAACCAGCGGGCUCCGGCCUCCAGCACUGGUCGGGACGCGCUGCUGGACCAGAUCCGACAGGGGAUCCAGCUCAAGACUGUAUCAGAUCUUCCAGAAUCGGGUCCCCCAACUCCGGCUCCAACUGCAGGGAUUGUUGGGGCCCUCAUGGAGGUUAUGCAAAAGAGGAGCAAAGCUAUCCAUUCCUCUGAUGACGAUGAGGAUGAAGACGAAGAUGAUGACUUUGAGGAUGAUGAAGAGUGGGAUGACUAGUGAAGAUGCCCACCUCUCCCAGCCUACCACUAAAACUAAAACUCUUCCAGAUCCCCACUACACCAUGUAUUGUAAAUGUWGUUUGAGUUUCCAGUAUAUUUAUUUUUGCUUUUGAAAAAUUAUAAUUCCAGUUAAUUGUGCAAUACCUCAUCAGUGAAGCUGUUCUGUUCAUCACACACCGUAGUGGUAAAAGCUCAGAGCCUCGACCCGAGAUCCAGACGGAAACGCUGCAGUCAAGACCUGGAGGUGGGCGGAGCUUCCUGGGAAGUCAUUCUGUUUCAGACAUUUUAAAUGGACAAUAUUCCAAGAAAUUUGGCAGGAAAAUGUUUGAGUGUAUUUCUCUGAAAUGCAUAAUUAACACUAUUUUCCCAUCAUAUUUGUCCUCUAUUUAUUUCCUGUCUYUUCAUCUAUUGAAGACAUGACCAUGACCACACCUUGUGUAUUUCUUUAACUUUCAUUUUUGUCUUGUUUUGCACAGUUUCUAAAAAUAGUUUGUUGGGUUUCUUGUUUUGUGUAUUUGUAAUAGUAGCAUAAAUACAGUAGGAUACACUGACAUUAAUGUAACAAGACAAUGUUUGAGUUACAGACACUUAUGCAUGUAUAGCUGAUAUAGCAUCACCUUUAUCUAGCUUUCUUUUCUUUUGCAACAUUCCAUCAUCCUGUCAGGAAGUUACACCAUUAUCAUACGUUUUUCAUUUCAUUUAAAGGGAACAAGUAAAAAUAUGUCAUUUCCUCUUUAAGAAACUGAUUUUUAUGCAAUGUCACUGUAAAUGCCCUCCUAUUGCAAAUACUAGACAAAGCAAAUAAUAAUGAACCAAAUGUGGCAUUUUCAAGCAGCUUGUGGCUUUGGCGAUGCCUGAUCGUUUGUCUGCAAACAGUGUGAAGAAACGACCGACGCUUGUUUCUCUGUCUGUCCUUUAAGUUCUCAUUGUCCUCCAGGGACCUAAUGCUGCAUCAAGAAGCCAAGUUACUGACAUGAAGCCUGUGAAAAAGGUCGGGACGGGCCGGGUGGGGUCAGUGAGAAUAAGAAAUUGUAUACCUGAAUAAAUGUUAUUUCCAUAGGUGA